AUGAACGAGAAGCAGCCGUUCAUCAUUGAGGACCUUGACGAUUAUCACCUUAUUAUCAAGGCUGAUGAAGAGUACCGCGUAAGGCGCGAACUCGAGGCUGAGGCUAAGACGGUAUUGCCGAUAGGCGUCACCUUUCAACGCAUUGAUAUACCUUGUCAUGCCAAAUCCUCGUUGUAUGCGCUCCAAAUCAACGCCUUACGCUCUAAGCGGAAGGUUCUAUGUGUUCGCUUACCCUUUGCAGACUCGCGCUGGAAGCCACCUUCCCCCAAUCAUGUCAAUAACACGCGUGUCGCACUCCGUGUCCCACUUUUCAAGUCCAACUUAUGCAAAGCUGCUCUCGUCAUGAUGCCACCCGAUGCCACCUCAACCAAACGUGAUGUGCCUGAGCUACUGGCCAGCGCGGCUACUACAGAUUUCAGCGUCUUUGGCUUCACUAUCUCUUUUCGGUAUCGUUGCUGGGUCGCGUGGCUAACUAAAGCUCGCACAUACUCCGGCCAUACAUAUUUCCCCAGGUUUCAUCAGAAGCGAUGUCAGAGCGUUGAGGACAACAGCGCGUCAAGGGGUGGCGACGCGCUGAAGCUGGGCGAAGAUUUCACUAAGUCUCCUUCAGGGGCCCAGUCGGCCCAGUUCCAGCCCUCUCAGCCCACUCGUUUUGUCUUUCUAUGCAUCUAUAAACAUAUCCUAAUGAACACUACCCACACUCCUUUGCCAUCUACUAUAGAUCACCACAAUACUCAGCAUAUACUUUCCUUAAGACGAUCCCAAACUCCUGGAUACUCCUCUGAAGACAUUCGAAAACAGUUUAGCGACAAAUGCAAGGAAAGGACGGGCUUCACCCCACAUCCAUGGCAACUAGACUGUGCUGAGGCCUUCUACCUUGGACUCGACUGCACGGUUAUCGCGGGAACAGGAUCAGGCAAGACCUUAUGCUUUGCAAUGCCGGCCAUGCUUCGCACCGACAAGAUUACACUCGUGUUAUCACCCCUAAAUAUCCUUGAAGAUGAUCAGGCUCGCCGGUUUGAGCAUAUGGGCCUGCGAGCAACAGUGGUAAACGGAGAGACGUUCACUCCAAAACUUCGUCAUAUACUGGAGAAGCCUGUUCCCGAGUUUCAGGUCGUCUUCACGUCACCAGAGAUGGUGCUGAGCCCCGGCCCAUUCAACUCGAUGUUGACGUCAGCAACUUUUCAGGAGCAUCUCGCCGGGGCAGUGGUUGAUGAAGCGCACUGUAUAGAGGAGUGGGGGCCAGAGUUCAGACCUGCAUAUGAUGAAUUGGGUGCGAUUCGAUCGAUUAUCCCACUCCACUUACCAGUGUAUGCCACUUCUGCGACCAUGCCACCCCAUGUCCUUGCGACAGUUCGCUCGGUUCUUCAUAUCAACCCUCGCCGGUCCUAUCACGUCAACCUCGGGAACGACCGCCCAAAUAUUACUCAAGAGAUACGCACCAUAGACGGCAGCAAGGAUUACGCAGCGUUAGACUAUCUGUUCACCGGGUGUCAGCAGCCUGAAGACCUACCUCACGCUAUCAUAUUCGUCAACCGCAGGAAGGAUGCUGAGGAGAUCUUUGACCGUCUUAUCAAGUCUCCGUGGUUUCCUGUGCAUCUUCAUGACUCCGUCGACUUCCUAACAGCUAAGCGUGGAAAGCAGACGAAAAAACGCGUCAUGGAGCGUUUUGCGAAGGGAGAGAUCAGGGUGCUCAUUUCGACGUCAGCUGGCAGUAUGGGAGUGGAUAUACCUGAUAUAACCCUCGUAAUCCAGUUUGGAGUACCUUCAUCAUUGAUGGAGUGGCUUCAGCGUGCUGGUCGAGCGGGGAGAAGUUGUGCUAUACAAGCAGUCGCCAUCCUGUUUGUCGAGAAGUCAGUACUUGCAAAGCAGAAAGUGAAGUCGCGUCGAAGAGAGAAUGAUAUGAGUGAUGGCGAGGAGCAACAGGUGUAUCGCAAGAAAGUUGAGCCUGCACUGCGCCAAUGGAUAGAGACGACAGGGUGCAGACGAGACGUUGCCGAUGAGUACUUCGACAACCCGAGUGGGCGCUUGUCCCCCACCGGCGACUGCUGCGAUAACUGCCGCUCUCGCGCCAUCCACGAGCAACGCGCUGUCAUGCCCGGCUCCAUCAACGACAUGCUUAUGGGGUCAGAAACCGAGAACCCACAGGACGCGACGGCUGCGAACGCUCUUGACGGAGGCAACUCCGACAGCAGCGAUGAAGAUGGCGAGAACGACGAGGACAACAGCGAGGGGGACGAUGUAGAGGACGAACCUGGACAGAAGCCCAACAGCCACGGCAAGCGUCCAACGUCCUCCCAUCCUGCUAUUCGUCGAACGCGAGAUCGCCUCCGGAUUGUACGCGAUGGCCUCCGCAGCUGGCGAGUUGCAAUGCGUCGUCGUGACUACCCGGGCUGUAGCAUGCCUGGAGAGGCAUUGCUCCCCGACAAGCCGCUGAAGAAGAUAUCUGGUGACCGUCAACUCACAACACUGGAAGACCUUCACGGCGCUGUUGGGUCGGCAUGGGCCUUCGUGGAGGAGUACGGUCUUGAACUUCUGGCUGAGGUUCAGCGGCUCGACCAGGUGGCUGAUGAAGCAACGCAACGUCGACCAAAAGCGUCUGCGUCGAAGCCACGUUCAAAGAAACCUCGUCGAACACAUGAAGAUGAAAUUGAGAACUUCCAAUCUGCUACGCCUGGUACAUCUUGCUUCAGUAUCGCUACAACUGGAGGGUUUGUCACCCCCAUUCAAGUUGCGCAGACAUCACAGCAAUCUAGCUUCAAUGUUCACUUUUACGUACCUCCUCAUACACAGGCCCCUUCGGUUAUACGCUCCCAACCGCUUUCCCCUUCAAAGAGACAGUCAACGUCGAAAUAG